AUGCUUGCGGGUUCCAGGCACUCUCAGCCGCCAAUGUGCGAAAAUCCACUGCAUAGUCUGCCACACUACAAGACUCUUGACAUAGCUGGAGCAGCUUACGAGCAGCCUCACUCCUGGACAAUGGAGAAUCAAAAACCUUCCGAAUCUCCUCUAGACUGUUGCUCCCACACCACCAUAGCCCAAGUGAGUGCGCUCCCAGACGUUAGCGAUAUGAUGGACGCUAUCCUCGAGUGGUCCGAGGGGAACGAGGAAAGGCUGCAGUUCGAAAACGAGGGAGCACUGGGAGAGAAAAGCCUGGCAGGUUCCGGAAAAUCCAGCGUAGUUCUCCGGAGGAGGGAGAAGGUAUUGUGGAGCUGGUCUGAGUCUGCCGGGUCGGUUAUGGCCAGUUGGUACUAUCACGUUUCAGUGGUCAGCGGAUCAUGCCCAGUGGGGCGGGAGUUCAUUACUGCCUUUAUGCCUAACUAUUUGCAGAGCUACCAUGAUGAUCAGAGUCUUCAACUGGCCAUAACCACACAGGAUUUUCCAGCCAUUGUUCAAAUUCAGGUCAAUGCAAUCGGCUUCUCGACCUCAGUGAAAAUAGAGAAACAGAACACCAAAUGGAUCGGCAUACCUGGAACCGCUGAAAUUGGGGGUCCAGGAGCUUCCACCAAAACAGUGCAGGUCACCUCCAACUCUGACAUCUCGGUGGUGGCCUUCAACUACAAGUUCUCGACCGGAGACAGCAGUGUGGUCUUCCCGACUGACCAGCUGGGCACUGACUAUGUGGCAUUCACCCCUGUACAGGGUCCAAGCAACAUGCACAAGCUUAUGUCUAUUGUCAACGGCAAAGAGCCCAACAAGAUCACAAUCAUCCCUGUCUCCAACAUGAAUCUCAGUGGCGUGGAUUCCUGGAAGCAAAGACAGGCGGUGAUUGUUACCAUGGACCCAUACCAGGUCAACCUCUACCAAAGCUACACCACUUUCACUGGGACCAGGGUAAAAGCCAAGCACCCUGUGGCAGUCCUGGGAGGACAUGAGUGUGUUGCAGAUGGAGGCCGCUGCAAUCACGUCUACGAACAACUGCUACCAGUACAGAGCCUCUCCACCAAUUACCUGGUUCCUUCCAUGCACAUGACCCAAUCAACAGACUUUGUCAACAUUGUGGCCUCAGAGGACAACACUCUAGUGAAGAUCUUUGAGGGAAAGGUAUCCACUGCUAAACAGCUGAAUGAGGGGCAGGCGUAUGUGGUUUCUGUCCAACCCAAAAAUCCACUGAUCAUCAAAAGUGAUAAGAAGGUCAUGGUGAUGUACUUCAGCAACAACAAGCCCUACGAUCCAUUCCUCACCAACAUCCUCCCAAUGUCUGAUCUAGCCAAUGAGUGGUCGGUGGACACGCAGAGCAAAUUCGAGAGCACGUUGGUCAUUGUCUCCGAGGGGGAAGGGAUCAAAACCGUUAAAGUCUGUGAAAAAAAUAACUGUGUGAAAUCUCUCCAAUGGACAUCAUUCAACUCAGACCCUAAGUACAUGUGGGUAAAUAUUCCAUUGGGAGAGCAGCAACAGCAUUUCUCCAUCAAAGGCGACUCCCUCAUGGCUGUUUACGUUUAUGGUGGCAUGCCAAGAGACGGCUACGCUACAACAGGAGUAUGUUCCAAAGGCACUGCACCACCCACUCCACCCCCAGACACCUGUGAGAACGUCAAAUGCAGAGAAAAGGAAGAAUGUACAAAGGGGGUUUGUGCCCACAUCUCCAAAGCAAUCUGCAGGGCCGUGGGCGACCCCCACUACCUCACCUUUGAUGGGGAGCGAUUUGACUUCCAGGGCACCUGCUCUUAUGUCAUGGCCACGGUUGUUAAAUCUGAACCUGGCCUCAUCCCGUUCACUGUCCUGACCAAGAACAACCACAGAGGGAACAACAGGGUGUCUUUCGUAAGGAAAGUCUCAGUCACGGUCUAUGGGCUGACUGUUGUGAUCAGCACGCAUAAAGGGAAGGUUGAGGGGAACCUAACGGUGGUGUAUAGUGGCAGCUAUGCUGUUCUGAAGACAAACUUUGGCCUGAAGGUUAUGUACGACUGGAACAUGAAGUUCUACGUCACUGUCCCCAGCAGCUACUUCCGCACCCUGGGUGGGCUCUGUGGGAACUACAACGGGGAUCGCAAUGACGAGUUCACUAACCCCAAAGGUAACAAGGAACCCACAGUGGUGAAGUUUGCCCAGAGCUGGAGAACUGAAGACGGCGACUUGUUCUGUCAUGAUGACUGCCAAGGGGAAUGUCCUAGCUGCACUCCGGCUCUCCAACAGAAAUACAAGGAAGAGAAGUUAUGUGGUCUCUUGGCCAAAAAAGAUGGCCCAUUCGCCAGCUGCCACAAGGUCCUGGACCCAGGCAUGUUCAUGGACAACUGUGUCUAUGACAUCUGCAUCAAUAAAGGCAUCUAUCAGUUCCUCUGUGAGAACAUGAAAAGCUACAAUGAUGCCUGCUUGGCCGAGGGGGUCAAAAUUAGCCCUGAGUGGAGGACAAUCACUGGAUGCUCAUUGGAAUGUCCAUCAAACAGCUACUACGAGGCAUGUGGCACAGCUUGCCCAGCCUCUUGUUCAGAUCUAGAUGCCGAAGCAAAGUGCAAGGAACCCUGUGUGGAGACCUGUCAAUGCAACAAGGGCUUUGUCCUCAGUGGAGACAAAUGCGUCUCCAAGGAGAGCUGUGGCUGCUCUUAUGAAGGACGAUACUACCCGUCUGGAAUGAAGUUCUGGGAAGAUGACAAAUGCACAAAGCAGUGUGAAUGCAAUCCAGGAACAGCCAAGGUUGAAUGCAAAGCAACAGCAUGCAAGAAGUCAGAGAUGUGUGGCCAGCAGAGUGGUAAGAGAGAUUGCUACCCAACAUCUUAUGCCACUUGCCAAGGUUCAGGCGACCCCCACUACCGCACGUUUGAUGGCAAGAGGUUCGACUUCCAGGGAACGUGUACUUACGUUCUCUCCAAAUUGGUCAGCAAAGAUGACAAGUCUCUGGCGCCUUUUGAGGUGCUUGUAAAGAAUCAGAAUAGGGGGAGGAACACGGCAGUGUCUUACACAAAGACAGUCACCGUCAUUGUCUUCAAAAACAUCAUCACCAUGAGUAGGGACAACCCUGGCAAAGUAUUGGUCAACAACCAGUAUGUGAACUUGCCAUUUGAUGUAGAAGAUGGCCAACUGUCCAUCUUCCGCAGUGGGUAUUUCGGGGUGGUGAAGACCAAAUUUGGCCUGACACUGAAGUUCAACUGGAACAGCCACGUCUCCCUAACCCUCCCCAGCUCCUACUCAGACCUCAUCGGAGGGCUCUGCGGAAACUGGAACGGCCAACGGAACGACGACCUCCUCAAACCAGACAAGAGCCCUGCCAACUCCUCAACAGUAUUUGGGGACAGCUGGAAAGUGGGGAACGACCCUGGCUGCUCCAGCGACUGCAACGGCAAGAAGUGCCCCACCUGUGACCACAGCCUGAUGCUUGAUUACCAAACAGGGAAGUACUGCGGCAGGAUCACAGACAAAAACGGUCCGUUCAAGCACUGCCACGCCAAGGUGGACCCCACAGAGUACUAUGAGGACUGUGUGUUUGAUAUGUGUCUGUACCGUGGCCAUGCCUCUGCCCUCUGUAACGCCCUCAGCACCUACACCACUGCCUGCCAGGAUGCCCCUGCCAAGGUGGAACAGUGGAGGUCGGACAGCUUCUGUCCAUCUUCCUGCAAGGCCAAGAGCCACUAUGAGGUGUGUGCCUCAGGCUGCCCCCAGACCUGCAGCAGCCUCAAUGAGCCUGAGAGCUGUGAGAACUCCCUGUGCACCGAGGGCUGUGUCUGUGACGACGGCUUCAUACUGAGCGACAGUGAGUGUGUGCCACUGGCUGAAUGUGGCUGCGUUCACCAAGGCCAAUACUACCAGAUGGGCCAGGUGUUCUUCCCCAACGGCCAGUGCAAAGAGCGCUGUGUGUGUAAAAAGGAUGGACACAUGGAGUGUAAUGUGAAGUUUGCCUGCGGUCCCAAUGAGAAGUGCCAGGUCCAAGACGGGUGCAGGCUUGUGGAUGACGUUGCAACAAAUCUCCCACUGUCACUCGGAGAUGGAAAGGUCAGGGCCUACCAGAACGGCAUUAACAUCAUCGUGGUAACAGACUUUGGCUUGAUGGUGACCUACGACACCGUUGCUGGCGCCAUCAUACAGCUUCCAUCCACUUACAAAGGUGUUACCGGUGGUCUCUGUGGCAACUAUAAUGACAAGAAGGAGGAUGACUUCCUGCUGCCCAGUGGGCUGCAGGAGUCGUCUGUGGAGAAGUUUGCAGCGGGGUGGUUAGUGGUUCAGGAAGGGGUCAAAUGUCAGACAGGAUGUGACGGUGGCUUGAAGUGUCCUCCCACCAGUGGACCCCCGCCGGCUUGUAGCAUCAUAAAGUCAACCAAGGGUCCAUUUGCCCAAUGCCAUGCUGUUGUGCCACCACAAGAGCACUUUGAGGAGUGCAUGAAGGAGGGAGAGGGUGGAGAUGCCCUGUGCCGCCACUUACAGACCUAUGUGACUUUCUGUCAGGCAUCCGGUGGCCUUGUCAGCAGCUGGAGAUCUGACCAGUUUUGUCCUCUGACGUGUCCAGCUAACAGUCACUAUGAGUUGUGUGCCGACACCUGUUCUUCCACCUGUGACUCUCUCAGUGAGUCUCCCAAAUGCCCACUAUGCCAGGAGGGCUGCCAGUGUGACGACGGCUUUGUGUUUGAUGGUGGCAAGUGUGUCCACCUGGAGAACUGUGGCUGUGUGGUUGAUGGACACUAUUACAAGUCUGGCCAGUCUGUGAUGCUUGGCAACUGUUCUGAGACCUGCAGCUGUGCAGCAGGAGUGUUCACCUGCAAGAACUCACAGUGCAAAGAGGGUCAGAAAUGUGGGUUGAAGAAUGGAGUCAUGGACUGUUACAGCACAGACCCCUGUGAGGACACUGAGUGCCGUGAGAAGGAAAACUGUGUGGUGAAGAACAAUAAGGCGGUAUGUGUGGCCCAGUCCAAGGCCACCUGCAGGGCUGUGGGCGACCCCCACUACCUCACCUUUGAUGGGGAGCGAUUUGACUUCCAGGGCACCUGCUCUUAUGUCAUGGCCACGGUUGUUAAAUCUGAACCUGGCCUCAUCCCGUUCACUGUCCUGACCAAGAACAACCACAGAGGGAACAACAGGGUGUCUUUCGUAAGGAAAGUCUCAGUCACGGUCUAUGGGCUGACUGUUGUGAUCAGCACGCAUAAAGGGAAGGUUGAGGGGAACCUAACGGUGGUGUAUAGUGGCAGCUAUGCUGUUCUGAAGACAAACUUUGGCCUGAAGGUUAUGUACGACUGGAACAUGAAGUUCUACGUCACUGUCCCCAGCAGCUACUUCCGCACCCUGGGUGGGCUCUGUGGGAACUACAACGGGGAUCGCAAUGACGAGUUCACUAACCCCAAAGGUAACAAGGAACCCACAGUGGUGAAGUUUGCCCAGAGCUGGAGAACUGAAGACGGCGACUUGUUCUGUCAUGAUGACUGCCAAGGGGAAUGUCCUAGCUGCACUCCGGCUCUCCAACAGAAAUACAAGGAAGAGAAGUUAUGUGGUCUCUUGGCCAAAAAAGAUGGCCCAUUCGCCAGCUGCCACAAGGUCCUGGACCCAGGCAUGUUCAUGGACAACUGUGUCUAUGACAUCUGCAUCAAUAAAGGCAUCUAUCAGUUCCUCUGUGAGAACAUGAAAAGCUACAAUGAUGCCUGCUUGGCCGAGGGGGUCAAAAUUAGCCCUGAGUGGAGGACAAUCACUGGAUGCUCACUGGAAUGUCCGUCAAACAGCUACUACGAGGCAUGUGGCACAGCUUGCCCUGCCUCUUGUUCAGAUCUAGAUGCCGAAGCAAAGUGCAAGGAACCCUGUGUGGAGACCUGUCAAUGCAACAAGGGCUUUGUCCUCAGUGGAGACAAAUGCGUCUCCAAGGAGAGCUGUGGCUGCUCUUAUGAAGGACGAUACUACCCGUCUGGAAUGAAGUUCUGGGAAGAUGACAAAUGCACAAAGCAGUGUGAAUGCAAUCCAGGAACAGCCAAGGUUGAAUGCAAAGCAACAGCAUGCAAGAAGUCAGAGAUGUGUGGCCAGCAGAGUGGUAAGAGAGAUUGCUACCCAACAUCUUAUGCCACUUGCCAAGGUUCAGGCGACCCCCACUACCGCACGUUUGAUGGCAAGAGGUUCGACUUCCAGGGAACGUGUACUUACGUUCUCUCCAAAUUGGGGAGGAACACGGCAGUGUCUUACACAAAGACAGUCACCGUCAUUGUCUUCAAAAACAUCAUCACCAUGAGUAGGGACAACCCUGGCAAAGUAUUGGUCAACAACCAGUAUGUGAACUUGCCAUUUGAUGUAGAAGAUGGCCAACUGUCCAUCUUCCGCAGUGGGUAUUUCGGGGUGGUGAAGACCAAAUUUGGCCUGACACUGAAGUUCAACUGGAACAGCCACGUCUCCCUAACCCUCCCCAGCUCCUACUCAGACCUCAUCGGAGGGCUCUGCGGAAACUGGAACGGCCAACGGAACGACGACCUCCUCAAACCAGACAAGAGCCCUGCCAACUCCUCAACAGUAUUUGGGGACAGCUGGAAAGUGGGGAACGACCCUGGCUGCUCCAGCGACUGCAACGGCAAGAAGUGCCCCACCUGUGACCACAGCCUGAUGCUUGAUUACCAAACAGGGAAGUACUGCGGCAGGAUCACAGACAAAAACGGUCCGUUCAAGCACUGCCACGCCAAGGUGGACCCCACAGAGUACUAUGAGGACUGUGUGUUUGAUAUGUGUCUGUACCGUGGCCAUGCCUCUGCCCUCUGUAACGCCCUCAGCACCUACACCACUGCCUGCCAGGAUGCCCCUGCCAAGGUGGAACAGUGGAGGUCGGACAGCUUCUGUCCAUCUUCCUGCAAGGCCAACAGCCACUAUGAGGUGUGUGCCUCAGGCUGCCCCCAGACCUGCAGCAGCCUCGAUGAGCCUGAGAGCUGUGAGAACUCCCUGUGCACCGAGGGCUGUGUCUGUGACGACGGCUUCAUACUGAGCGACAGUGAGUGUGUGCCACUGGCUGAAUGUGGCUGCGUUCACCAAGGCCAAUACUACCAGAUGGGCCAGGUGUUCUUCCCCAACGGCCAGUGCAAAGAGCGCUGUGUGUGUAAAAAGGAUGGACACAUGGAGUGUAAUGUGAAGUUUGCCUGCGGUCCCAAUGAGAAGUGCCAGGUCCAAGACGGGGUGCAGGCUUGUAUACCCAUGAGCACGGGCACUUGCCAUGUGAGCGGGGCCAGGAGAUUCCACUCGUUCGAUGGCAACUGCUUCAGCCUACACGGGGACUGUGUGUACAAAAUGUCGGAGGUUGUGGAGAAAGACGGAUCGAUGGCUCCAUUUGUUGUGUCAGUGCAGCAGUUGACCAAGAUGGAUGAUGCAAUGGUCACCAGGAGGGUUGAAAUACAGGCCUACAAAUACAAGAUAUCUAUGUCUCCCAGAGUUAUAUGGGAAAUAACGGUGGAUGACGUUGCAACAAAUCUCCCACUGUCACUCGGAGAUGGAAAGGUCAGGGCCUACCAGAACGGCAUUAACAUCAUCGUGGUAACAGACUUUGGCUUGAUGGUGACCUACGACACCGUUGCUGGCGCCAUCAUACAGCUUCCAUCCACUUACAAAGGUGUUACCGGUGGUCUCUGUGGCAACUAUAAUGACAAGAAGGAGGAUGACUUCCUGCUGCCCAGUGGGCUGCAGGAGUCGUCUGUGGAGCAGUUUGCAGCGGGGUGGUUAGUGGUUCAGGAAGGGGUCAAAUGUCAGACAGGAUGUGACGGUGGCUUGAAGUGUCCUCCCACCAGUGGACCCCCGCCGGCUUGUAGCAUCAUAAAGUCAACCAAGGGUCCAUUUGCCCAAUGCCAUGCUGUUGUGCCACCACAAGAGCACUUUGAGGAGUGCAUGAAGGAGGGAGAGGGUGGAGAUGCCCUGUGCCGCCACUUACAGACCUAUGUGACUUUCUGUCAGGCAUCCGGUGGCCUUGUCAGCAGCUGGAGAUCUGACCAGUUUUGUCCUCUGACGUGUCCAGCUAACAGUCACUAUGAGUUGUGUGCCGACACCUGUUCUUCCACCUGUGACUCUCUCAGUGAGUCUCCCAAAUGCCCACUAUGCCAGGAGGGCUGCCAGUGUGACGACGGCUUUGUGUUUGAUGGUGGCAAGUGUGUCCACCUGGAGAACUGUGGCUGUGUGGUUGAUGGACACUAUUACAAGUCUGGCCAGUCUGUGAUGCUUGGCAACUGUUCUGAGACCUGCAGCUGUGCAGCAGGAGUGUUCACCUGCAAGAACUCACAGUGCAAAGAGGGUCAGAAAUGUGGGUUGAAGAAUGGAGUCAUGGACUGUUACAGCACAGACCCCUGUGAGGACACUGAGUGCCGUGAGAAGGAAAACUGUGUGGUGAAGAACAAUAAGGCGGUAUGUGUGGCCCAGUCCAAGGCCACCUGCAGGGCUGUGGGCGACCCCCACUACCUCACCUUUGAUGGGGAGCGAUUUGACUUCCAGGGCACCUGCUCUUAUGUCAUGGCCACGGUUGUUAAAUCUGAACCUGGCCUCAUCCCGUUCACUGUCCUGACCAAGAACAACCACAGAGGGAACAACAGGGUGUCUUUCGUAAGGAAAGUCUCAGUCACGGUCUAUGGGCUGACUGUUGUGAUCAGCACGCAUAAAGGGAAGGUUGAGGUGAAUGGUGAGAAUGUCUACCUGCCUGUGACCCUAGAGGGGAACCUAACGGUGGUGUAUAGUGGCAGCUAUGCUGUUCUGAAGACAAACUUUGGCCUGAAGGUUAUGUACGACUGGAACAUGAAGUUCUACGUCACUGUCCCCAGCAGCUACUUCCGCACCCUGGGUGGGCUCUGUGGGAACUACAACGGGGAUCGCAAUGACGAGUUCACUAACCCCAAAGGUAACAAGGAACCCACAGUGGUGAAGUUUGCCCAGAGCUGGAGAACUGAAGACGGCGACUUGUUCUGUCAUGAUGACUGCCAAGGGGAAUGUCCUAGCUGCACUCCGGCUCUCCAACAGAAAUACAAGGAAGAGAAGUUAUGUGGUCUCUUGGCCAAAAAAGAUGGCCCAUUCGCCAGCUGCCACAAGGUCCUGGACCCAGGCAUGUUCAUGGACAACUGUGUCUAUGACAUCUGCAUCAAUAAAGGCAUCUAUCAGUUCCUCUGUGAGAACAUGAAAAGCUACAAUGAUGCCUGCUUGGCCGAGGGGGUCAAAAUUAGCCCUGAGUGGAGGACAAUCACUGGAUGCUCACUGGAAUGUCCGUCAAACAGCUACUACGAGGCAUGUGGCACAGCUUGCCCUGCCUCUUGUUCAGAUCUAGAUGCCGAAGCAAAGUGCAAGGAACCCUGUGUGGAGACCUGUCAAUGCAACAAGGGCUUUGUCCUCAGUGGAGACAAAUGCGUCUCCAAGGAGAGCUGUGGCUGCUCUUAUGAAGGACGAUACUACCCGUCUGGAAUGAAGUUCUGGGAAGAUGACAAAUGCACAAAGCAGUGUGAAUGCAAUCCAGGAACAGCCAAGGUUGAAUGCAAAGCAACAGCAUGCAAGAAGUCAGAGAUGUGUGGCCAGCAGAGUGGUAAGAGAGAUUGCUACCCAACAUCUUAUGCCACUUGCCAAGGUUCAGGCGACCCCCACUACCGCACGUUUGAUGGCAAGAGGUUCGACUUCCAGGGAACGUGUACUUACGUUCUCUCCAAAUUGGUCAGCAAAGAUGACAAGUCUCUGGCGCCUUUUGAGGUGCUUGUAAAGAAUCAGAAUAGGGGGAGGAACACGGCAGUGUCUUACACAAAGACAGUCACCGUCAUUGUCUUCAAAAACAUCAUCACCAUGAGUAGGGACAACCCUGGCAAAGUAUUGGUCAACAACCAGUAUGUGAACUUGCCAUUUGAUGUAGAAGAUGGCCAACUGUCCAUCUUCCGCAGUGGGUAUUUCGGGGUGGUGAAGACCAAAUUUGGCCUGACACUGAAGUUCAACUGGAACAGCCACGUCUCCCUAACCCUCCCCAGCUCCUACUCAGACCUCAUCGGAGGGCUCUGCGGAAACUGGAACGGCCAACGGAACGACGACCUCCUCAAACCAGACAAGAGCCCUGCCAACUCCUCAACAGUAUUUGGGGACAGCUGGAAAGUGGGGAACGACCCUGGCUGCUCCAGCGACUGCAACGGCAAGAAGUGCCCCACCUGUGACCACAGCCUGAUGCUUGAUUACCAAACAGGGAAGUACUGCGGCAGGAUCACAGACAAAAACGGUCCGUUCAAGCACUGCCACGCCAAGGUGGACCCCACAGAGUACUAUGAGGACUGUGUGUUUGAUAUGUGUCUGUACCGUGGCCAUGCCUCUGCCCUCUGUAACGCCCUCAGCACCUACACCACUGCCUGCCAGGAUGCCCCUGCCAAGGUGGAACAGUGGAGGUCGGACAGCUUCUGUCCAUCUUCCUGCAAGGCCAAGAGCCACUAUGAGGUGUGUGCCUCAGGCUGCCCCCAGACCUGCAGCAGCCUCAAUGAGCCUGAGAGCUGUGAGAACUCCCUGUGCACCGAGGGCUGUGUCUGUGACGACGGCUUCAUACUGAGCGACAGUGAGUGUGUGCCACUGGCUGAAUGUGGCUGCGUUCACCAAGGCCAAUACUACCAGAUGGGCCAGGUGUUCUUCCCCAACGGCCAGUGCAAAGAGCGCUGUGUGUGUAAAAAGGAUGGACACAUGGAGUGUAAUGUGAAGUUUGCCUGCGGUCCCAAUGAGAAGUGCCAGGUCCAAGACGGGGUGCAGGCUUGUAUACCCAUGAGCACGGGCACCUGCCAUGUGAGCGGGGCCAGGAGAUUCCACUCGUUCGAUGGCAACUGCUUCAGCCUACACGGGGACUGUGUGUACAAAAUGUCGGAGGUUGUGGAGAAAGACGGAUCGAUGGCUCCAUUUGUUGUGUCAGUGCAGCAGUUGACCAAGAUGGAUGAUGCAAUGGUCACCAGGAGGGUUGAAAUACAGGCCUACAAAUACAAGAUAUCUAUGUCUCCCAGAGUUAUAUGGGAAAUAACGGUGGAUGACGUUGCAACAAAUCUCCCACUGUCACUCGGAGAUGGAAAGGUCAGGGCCUACCAGAACGGCAUUAACAUCAUCGUGGUAACAGACUUUGGCUUGAUGGUGACCUACGACACCGUUGCUGGCGCCAUCAUACAGCUUCCAUCCACUUACAAAGGUGUUACCGGUGGUCUCUGUGGCAACUAUAAUGACAAGAAGGAGGAUGACUUCCUGCUGCCCAGUGGGCUGCAGGAGUCGUCUGUGGAGCAGUUUGCAGCGGGGUGGUUAGUGGUUCAGGAAGGGGUCAAAUGUCAGACAGGAUGUGACGGUGGCUUGAAGUGUCCUCCCACCAGUGGACCCCCGCCGGCUUGUAGCAUCAUAAAGUCAACCAAGGGUCCAUUUGCCCAAUGCCAUGCUGUUGUGCCACCACAAGAGCACUUUGAGGAGUGCAUGAAGGAGGGAGAGGGUGGAGAUGCCCUGUGCCGCCACUUACAGACCUAUGUGACUUUCUGUCAGGCAUCCGGUGGCCUUGUCAGCAGCUGGAGAUCUGACCAGUUUUGUCCUCUGACGUGUCCAGCUAACAGUCACUAUGAGUUGUGUGCCGACACCUGUUCUUCCACCUGUGACUCUCUCAGUGAGUCUCCCAAAUGCCCACUAUGCCAGGAGGGCUGCCAGUGUGACGACGGCUUUGUGUUUGAUGGUGGCAAGUGUGUCCACCUGGAGAACUGUGGCUGUGUGGUUGAUGGACACUAUUACAAGUCUGGCCAGUCUGUGAUGCUUGGCAACUGUUCUGAGACCUGCAGCUGUGCAGCAGGAGUGUUCACCUGCAAGAACUCACAGUGCAAAGAGGGUCAGAAAUGUGGGUUGAAGAAUGGAGUCAUGGACUGUUACAGCACAGACCCCUGUGAGGACACUGAGUGCCGUGAGAAGGAAAACUGUGUGGUGAAGAACAAUAAGGCGGUAUGUGUGGCCCAGUCCAAGGCCACCUGCAGGGCUGUGGGCGACCCCCACUACCUCACCUUUGAUGGGGAGCGAUUUGACUUCCAGGGCACCUGCUCUUAUGUCAUGGCCACGGUUGUUAAAUCUGAACCUGGCCUCAUCCCGUUCACUGUCCUGACCAAGAACAACCACAGAGGGAACAACAGGGUGUCUUUCGUAAGGAAAGUCUCAGUCACGGUCUAUGGGCUGACUGUUGUGAUCAGCACGCAUAAAGGGAAGGUUGAGGUGAAUGGUGAGAAUGUCUACCUGCCUGUGACCCUAGAGGGGAACCUAACGGUGGUGUAUAGUGGCAGCUAUGCUGUUCUGAAGACAAACUUUGGCCUGAAGGUUAUGUACGACUGGAACAUGAAGUUCUACGUCACUGUCCCCAGCAGCUACUUCCGCACCCUGGGUGGGCUCUGUGGGAACUACAACGGGGAUCGCAAUGACGAGUUCACUAACCCCAAAGGUAACAAGGAACCCACAGUGAUGAAGUUUGCCCAGAGCUGGAGAACUGAAGACGGCGACUUGUUCUGUCAUGAUGACUGCCAAGGGGAAUGUCCUAGCUGCACUCCGGCUCUCCAACAGAAAUACAAGGAAGAGAAGUUAUGUGGUCUCUUGGCCAAAAAAGAUGGCCCAUUCGCCAGCUGCCACAAGGUCCUGGACCCAGGCAUGUUCAUGGACAACUGUGUCUAUGACAUCUGCAUCAAUAAAGGCAUCUAUCAGUUCCUCUGUGAGAACAUGAAAAGCUACAAUGAUGCCUGCUUGGCCGAGGGGGUCAAAAUUAGCCCUGAGUGGAGGACAAUCACUGGAUGCUCACUGGAAUGUCCGUCAAACAGCUACUACGAGGCAUGUGGCACAGCUUGCCCUGCCUCUUGUUCAGAUCUAGAUGCCGAAGCAAAGUGCAAGGAACCCUGUGUGGAGACCUGUCAAUGCAACAAGGGCUUUGUCCUCAGUGGAGACAAAUGCGUCUCCAAGGAGAGCUGUGGCUGCUCUUAUGAAGGACGAUACUACCCGUCUGGAAUGAAGUUCUGGGAAGAUGACAAAUGCACAAAGCAGUGUGAAUGCAAUCCAGGAACAGCCAAGGUUGAAUGCAAAGCAACAGCAUGCAAGAAGUCAGAGAUGUGUGGCCAGCAGAGUGGUAAGAGAGAUUGCUACCCAACAUCUUAUGCCACUUGCCAAGGUUCAGGCGACCCCCACUACCGCACGUUUGAUGGCAAGAGGUUCGACUUCCAGGGAACGUGUACUUACGUUCUCUCCAAAUUGGUCAGCAAAGAUGACAAGUCUCUGGCGCCUUUUGAGGUGCUUGUAAAGAAUCAGAAUAGGGGGAGGAACACGGCAGUGUCUUACACAAAGACAGUCACCGUCAUUGUCUUCAAAAACAUCAUCACCAUGAGUAGGGACAACCCUGGCAAAGUAUUGGUCAACAACCAGUAUGUGAACUUGCCAUUUGAUGUAGAAGAUGGCCAACUGUCCAUCUUCCGCAGUGGGUAUUUCGGGGUGGUGAAGACCAAAUUUGGCCUGACACUGAAGUUCAACUGGAACAGCCACGUCUCCCUAACCCUCCCCAGCUCCUACUCAGACCUCAUCGGAGGGCUCUGCGGAAACUGGAACGGCCAACGGAACGACGACCUCCUCAAACCAGACAAGAGCCCUGCCAACUCCUCAACAGUAUUUGGGGACAGCUGGAAAGUGGGGAACGACCCUGGCUGCUCCAGCGACUGCAACGGCAAGAAGUGCCCCACCUGUGACCACAGCCUGAUGCUUGAUUACCAAACAGGGAAGUACUGCGGCAGGAUCACAGACAAAAACGGUCCGUUCAAGCACUGCCACGCCAAGGUGGACCCCACAGAGUACUAUGAGGACUGUGUGUUUGAUAUGUGUCUGUACCGUGGCCAUGCCUCUGCCCUCUGUAACGCCCUCAGCACCUACACCACUGCCUGCCAGGAUGCCCCUGCCAAGGUGGAACAGUGGAGGUCGGACAGCUUCUGUCCAUCUUCCUGCAAGGCCAAGAGCCACUAUGAGGUGUGUGCCUCAGGCUGCCCCCAGACCUGCAGCAGCCUCAAUGAGCCUGAGAGCUGUGAGAACUCCCUGUGCACCGAGGGCUGUGUCUGUGACGACGGCUUCAUACUGAGCGACAGUGAGUGUGUGCCACUGGCUGAAUGUGGCUGCGUUCACCAAGGCCAAUACUACCAGAUGGGCCAGGUGUUCUUCCCCAACGGCCAGUGCAAAGAGCGCUGUGUGUGUAAAAAGGAUGGACACAUGGAGUGUAAUGUGAAGUUUGCCUGCGGUCCCAAUGAGAAGUGCCAGGUCCAAGACGGGGUGCAGGCUUGUAUACCCAUGAGCACGGGCACCUGCCAUGUGAGCGGGGCCAGGAGAUUCCACUCGUUCGAUGGCAACUGCUUCAGCCUACACGGGGACUGUGUGUACAAAAUGUCGGAGGUUGUGGAGAAAGACGGAUCGAUGGCUCCAUUUGUUGUGUCAGUGCAGCAGUUGACCAAGAUGGAUGAUGCAAUGGUCACCAGGAGGGUUGAAAUACAGGCCUACAAAUACAAGAUAUCUAUGUCUCCCAGAGUUAUAUGGGAAAUAACGGUGGAUGACGUUGCAACAAAUCUCCCACUGUCACUCGGAGAUGGAAAGGUCAGGGCCUACCAGAACGGCAUUAACAUCAUCGUGGUAACAGACUUUGGCUUGAUGGUGACCUACGACACCGUUGCUGGCGCCAUCAUACAGCUUCCAUCCACUUACAAAGGUGUUACCGGUGGUCUCUGUGGCAACUAUAAUGACAAGAAGGAGGAUGACUUCCUGCUGCCCAGUGGGCUGCAGGAGUCGUCUGUGGAGAAGUUUGCAGCGGGGUGGUUAGUGGUUCAGGAAGGGGUCAAAUGUCAGACAGGAUGUGACGGUGGCUUGAAGUGUCCUCCCACCAGUGGACCCCCGCCGGCUUGUAGCAUCAUAAAGUCAACCAAGGGUCCAUUUGCCCAAUGCCAUGCUGUUGUGCCACCACAAGAGCACUUUGAGGAGUGCAUGAAGGAGGGAGAGGGUGGAGAUGCCCUGUGCCGCCACUUACAGACCUAUGUGACUUUCUGUCAGGCAUCCGGUGGCCUUGUCAGCAGCUGGAGAUCUGACCAGUUUUGUCCUCUGACGUGUCCAGCUAACAGUCACUAUGAGUUGUGUGCCGACACCUGUUCUUCCACCUGUGACUCUCUCAGUGAGUCUCCCAAAUGCCCACUAUGCCAGGAGGGCUGCCAGUGUGACGACGGCUUUGUGUUUGAUGGUGGCAAGUGUGUCCAACUGGAGAACUGUGGCUGUGUGGUUGAUGGACACUAUUACAAGUCUGGCCAGUCUGUGAUGCUUGGCAACUGUUCUGAGACCUGCAGCUGUGCAGCAGGAGUGUUCACCUGCAAGAACUCACAGUGCAAAGAGGGUCAGAAAUGUGGGUUGAAGAAUGGAGUCAUGGACUGUUACAGCACAGACCCCUGUGAGGACACUGAGUGCCGUGAGAAGGAAAACUGUGUGGUGAAGAACAAUAAGGCGGUAUGUGUGGCCCAGUCCAAGGCCACCUGCAGGGCUGUGGGCGACCCCCACUACCUCACCUUUGAUGGGGAGCGAUUUGACUUCCAGGGCACCUGCUCUUAUGUCAUGGCCACGGUUGUUAAAUCUGAACCUGGCCUCAUCCCGUUCACUGUCCUGACCAAGAACAACCACAGAGGGAACAACAGGGUGUCUUUCGUAAGGAAAGUCUCAGUCACGGUCUAUGGGCUGACUGUUGUGAUCAGCACGCAUAAAGGGAAGGUUGAGGUGAAUGGUGAGAAUGUCUACCUGCCUGUGACCCUAGAGGGGAACCUAACGGUGGUGUAUAGUGGCAGCUAUGCUGUUCUGAAGACAAACUUUGGCCUGAAGGUUAUGUACGACUGGAACAUGAAGUUCUACGUCACUGUCCCCAGCAGCUACUUCCGCACCCUGGGUGGGCUCUGUGGGAACUACAACGGGGAUCGCAAUGACGAGUUCACUAACCCCAAAGGUAACAAGGAACCCACAGUGAUGAAGUUUGCCCAGAGCUGGAGAACUGAAGACGGCGACUUGUUCUGUCAUGAUGACUGCCAAGGGGAAUGUCCUAGCUGCACUCCGGCUCUCCAACAGAAAUACAAGGAAGAGAAGUUAUGUGGUCUCUUGGCCAAAAAAGAUGGCCCAUUCGCCAGCUGCCACAAGGUCCUGGACCCAGGCAUGUUCAUGGACAACUGUGUCUAUGACAUCUGCAUCAAUAAAGGCAUCUAUCAGUUCCUCUGUGAGAACAUGAAAAGCUACAAUGAUGCCUGCUUGGCCGAGGGGGUCAAAAUUAGCCCUGAGUGGAGGACAAUCACUGGAUGCUCACUGGAAUGUCCGUCAAACAGCUACUACGAGGCAUGUGGCACAGCUUGCCCUGCCUCUUGUUCAGAUCUAGAUGCCGAAGCAAAGUGCAAGGAACCCUGUGUGGAGACCUGUCAAUGCAACAAGGGCUUUGUCCUCAGUGGAGACAAAUGCGUCUCCAAGGAGAGCUGUGGCUGCUCUUAUGAAGGACGAUACUACCCGUCUGGAAUGAAGUUCUGGGAAGAUGACAAAUGCACAAAGCAGUGUGAAUGCAAUCCAGGAACAGCCAAGGUUGAAUGCAAAGCAACAGCAUGCAAGAAGUCAGAGAUGUGUGGCCAGCAGAGUGGUAAGAGAGAUUGCUACCCAACAUCUUAUGCCACUUGCCAAGGUUCAGGCGACCCCCACUACCGCACGUUUGAUGGCAAGAGGUUCGACUUCCAGGGAACGUGUACUUACGUUCUCUCCAAAUUGGUCAGCAAAGAUGACAAGUCUCUGGCGCCUUUUGAGGUGCUUGUAAAGAAUCAGAAUAGGGGAAACACGGCAGUGUCUUACACAAAGACAGUCACCGUCAUUGUCUUCAAAAACAUCAUCACCAUGAGUAGGGACAACCCUGGCAAAGUAUUGGUCAACAACCAGUAUGUGAACUUGCCAUUUGAUGUAGAAGAUGGCCAACUGUCCAUCUUCCGCAGUGGGUAUUUCGGGGUGGUGAAGACCAAAUUUGGCCUGACACUGAAGUUCAACUGGAACAGCCACGUCUCCCUAACCCUCCCCAGCUCCUACUCAGACCUCAUCGGAGGGCUCUGCGGAAACUGGAACGGCCAACGGAACGACGACCUCCUCAAACCAGACAAGAGCCCUGCCAACUCCUCAACAGUAUUUGGGGACAGCUGGAAAGUGGGGAACGACCCUGGCUGCUCCAGCGACUGCAACGGCAAGAAGUGCCCCACCUGUGACCACAGCCUGAUGCUUGAUUACCAAACAGGGAAGUACUGCGGCAGGAUCACAGACAAAAACGGUCUGUUCAAGCACUGCCACGCCAAGGUGGACCCCACAGAGUACUAUGAGGACUGUGUGUUUGAUAUGUGUCUGUACCGUGGCCAUGCCUCUGCCCUCUGUAACGCCCUCAGCACCUACACCACUGCCUGCCAGGAUGCCCCUGCCAAGGUGGAACAGUGGAGGUCGGACAGCUUCUGUCCAUCUUCCUGCAAGGCCAAGAGCCACUAUGAGGUGUGUGCCUCAGGCUGCCCCCAGACCUGCAGCAGCCUCAAUGAGCCUGAGAGCUGUGAGAACUCCCCUUGCACCGAGGGCUGUGUCUGUGACGACGGCUUCAUACUGAGCGACAGUGAGUGUGUGCCACUGGCUGAAUGUGGCUGCGUUCACCAAGGCCAAUACUACCAGAUGGGCCAGGUGUUCUUCCCCAACGGCCAGUGCAAAGAGCGCUGUGUGUGUAAAAAGGAUGGACACAUGGAGUGUAAUGUGAAGUUUGCCUGCGGUCCCAAUGAGAAGUGCCAGGUCCAAGACGGGGUGCAGGCUUGUAUACCCAUGAGCACGGGCACCUGCCAUGUGAGCGGGGCCAGGAGAUUCCACUCGUUCGAUGGCAACUGCUUCAGCCUACACGGGGACUGUGUGUACAAAAUGUCGGAGGUUGUGGAGAAAGACGGAUCGAUGGCUCCAUUUGUUGUGUCAGUGCAGCAGUUGACCAAGAUGGAUGAUGCAAUGGUCACCAGGAGGGUUGAAAUACAGGCCUACAAAUACAAGAUAUCUAUGUCUCCCAGAGUUAUAUGGGAAAUAACGGUGGAUGACGUUGCAACAAAUCUCCCACUGUCACUCGGAGAUGGAAAGGUCAGGGCCUACCAGAACGGCAUUAACAUCAUCGUGGUAACAGACUUUGGCUUGAUGGUGACCUACGACACCGUUGCGGGCGCCAUCAUACAGCUUCCAUCCACUUACAAAGGUGUUACCGGUGGUCUCUGUGGCAACUAUAAUGACAAGAAGGAGGAUGACUUCCUGCUGCCCAGUGGGCUGCAGGAGUCGUCUGUGGAGAAGUUUGCAGCGGGGUGGUUAGUGGUUCAGGAAGGGGUCAAAUGUCAGACAGGAUGUGACGGUGGCUUGAAGUGUCCUCCCACCAGUGGACCCCCGCCGGCUUGUAGCAUCAUAAAGUCAACCAAGGGUCCAUUUGCCCAAUGCCAUGCUGUUGUGCCACCACAAGAGCACUUUGAGGAGUGCAUGAAGGAGGGAGAGGGUGGAGAUGCCCUGUGCCGCCACUUACAGACCUAUGUGACUUUCUGUCAGGCAUCCGGUGGCCUUGUCAGCAGCUGGAGAUCUGACCAGUUUUGUCCUCUGACGUGUCCAGCUAACAGUCACUAUGAGUUGUGUGCCGACACCUGUUCUUCCACCUGUGACUCUCUCAGUGAGUCUCCCAAAUGCCCACUAUGCCAGGAGGGCUGCCAGUGUGACGACGGCUUUGUGUUUGAUGGUGGCAAGUGUGUCCAACUGGAGAACUGUGGCUGUGUGGUUGAUGGACACUAUUACAAGUCUGGCCAGUCUGUGAUGCUUGGCAACUGUUCUGAGACCUGCAGCUGUGCAGCAGGAGUAUUCACCUGCAAGAACUCACAGUGCAAAGAGGGUCAGAAAUGUGGGUUGAAGAUUGGAGUCAUGGACUGUUACAGCACAGACCUCCCCUGUCCAGAGAACAGUGUCUACAGCCUCUCGGCCUCCGGGUGCCCGGCCACAUGCUAUUCCAUGACCUCCGCCCCAGGAUGCACCACUCCUCCAGGGGAGGGCUGUCAAUGCAAACCUGGUUUCCUGCAGAGCGAUGACAAGUGUGUUCAUGUGAAGAACUGUGGCUGUCACCACAAGGGUCGCUACUUUGUGUCCGGCGAGGUCUUCUAUAAGGAGGAGAACUGCCACCACCGCUGCAGCUGUAACUCCGGCGAGAUGGCCUGUGAGGUGGCGCCCUGCGGUCCGAAGACCACGUGUGCGGUGGUGAAGGGGGUCAGGGGCUGUUACAUUAUCAGUAGCCCAGAUUCAAACAACCAGUCAUGGAUUGAAAAACUCCUUAACAAAUAUGUCAAACCUGUACAUGUCAAGUUUGGAGGCUAGAACAUUUACAUUUUAAAAUAAGAUCUCAUGGCUCUAAAAUAUCCUUAAAAAGUGUCCCUUUCAUGUCCUGGUUGUAGGCUAAAGCAUUUCAACAUAAAAUCGAAAAAUUCUCUUAAAAUGACCUUCUGUAUGUGAUAACAUAUUCCGAACCAUAUAAUGUUGUGAGGGAUUAUGAGUAUUCAUGCAUGGAAUUGUUAUUGAACUCUAUAUUCAUUCAAAUUGAAAUAUAAUCCCAGAGUUGUGUAUUACUAAAACUCAGAUCAUCUCUGUACGCAUGUAUCUGUGUCUAUCCUUUACAACUUUCAAAAGCCAAAUAAUAAACAUAUAGCAGCAAAA